UCAGAACUCAGAUCAACUCCUCUACCGAAGCUAAACUCUAGCUUUCACCAAGAAAGAAACACAACUGUGACCGGAGCGGCUGUUUGAAACUUCACAAGGCAAACGAGACAAGAGAUCAACUUGAUCAGAGAAGACUCUCGCCCUCGAACUCUGAGACUAAAGGAAGAUUUUUCUCUGCAAAGCUUUUUGGAAGAAACUAAAGUUAUAACUAAGAGGAAGAAAAGAUGUCUGCUGGAAUGAAGAAAACGAUUGUGCUGCCUCUGCUGUGCAUCAUGCUCUCUUACAUGGCUGCUGGCCAGGAGUGCAGUGGCCAGUGUUCGUGCCCUGCCACCCCUCCUCAGUGCCCACCAGGAGAUAGCCUGGUGCUGGACGGCUGUAACUGCUGCAGGGUCUGUGCCAAACAGAUGGGAGAGCUCUGCACUGAGAAGGAUGUCUGUGACCCACACAAAGGCCUGUACUGUGACUUCGGAGCCCCCAACAACAGACGCAUAGGAGUGUGCACAGCUCGAGAGGGAGCCACCUGUGUGUUUAACGGCAUGGUGUACAAGAGCGGGGAGACCUUCCAGAGCAGCUGCAAGUACCAGUGUACCUGUCUGGACGGAGCCGUGGGCUGCGUGCCCCUUUGCUCCAUGGACAUCCGGCUGCCCAGCCCAGACUGCCCCAUGCCGAGACGCGUCAAGGUGCCAGGAAAGUGCUGCGAGGAGUGGGUGUGUGGAUAUCCAGAAAGAAACAGCUUCGUGGGCUCCGCUUUGGCCGCAUACAGAGAGGAGGAGACCUAUGGCCCAGAUCCUUCUUUGAUGAGGGAGAACUGCCUGGUUCAGACUACUGAAUGGAGCGCCUGCUCUAAGACCUGCGGCCUUGGGAUUUCCACCAGGGUCACCAACGAUAACCGCGAAUGCCGCCUAGAGAAACAGACCCGGUUGUGCAUGGUGCGACCAUGUGAGUCCCAGCUGGAGCAAAGCAUCAGGAAAGGGAAAAAGUGCAUCCGCACUCCCAGACUGUCCAAGCCCAUGAAGUUUGAGAUCUCCGGCUGCACCACCACCAAGUCCUACAGGCCCAAGUUCUGCGGCGUCUGCCUGGAUGGCCGCUGCUGCACCCCCCACAGGACCACCACCCUGCCCAUGGAGUUCAAAUGCCCCGAUGGACAAUUCAUGAAGAAGCACAUGAUGUUCAUCAAGUCCUGCGCCUGCCACCACAACUGCCCCGGGGAGAACGACAUCUUUGAGUCCAUGUAUUACAAGAAGAUGAUGGGAGACAUGGCAUGAGCCACUGAAAGACACUUAGAGCUUUUAACUUGAAAACAAACAGAACUCCAUCUCAUUUUGCAGCUCAGUAUAUAUGUCCUUAACAUUUUAUCUCGUCAUUUUCUCAUUGUAAAAGUAGUCCAGACACUUAUCUUAGUGUCUGUGUGUUUUGCAUGGCUGGUGCACGUCAGCCACAUAGACUCAGACAGAGGGUUGCUUAGCAGCUCCAAGACUCCUGCACUAUAACUCCUUAUUUUCUUUUUUAACUUUUAUUUUUUUAUGACGAACCUGCUGUCAGGUUUCCGCCCAUAUCCCUUGAAAUCGUUUUAACAAAACCGUCCAUUUUACUGUAACCAUUUCUAUACCUUAUCUAGACCUUGACCUCCUCUUUAAGUGAGGUGUCUAAUGAGUCCCCCAACCCCCCCGAGUCCAAGACCAGACCUGCAAACUCUAAGCAGCUGUAUAGGGAGCACGCAGACCACAGCAAGCCAGUGUUCCCCUGUCCAAACAGGUCUGAAUGUGUCCUUGUGUGUGCAUGUGAGUGUGUGUGUUUGAUAGUGCAGACCUAAAUGUCAGCCUUAUGUGUGUGUGUGUGUGCUAGGUCCACUCUGCUUACAGAGUGGAGGAAAGGUCAAAGUUUCCGCCCAACAACGAGCAGCAUGCUGAGUUUAGGGUUAGAUAAGGAACACAGUGGGCUUUGCCACGGCACUGAGAAAAGAAGAAAAAAAAAAAAAACAAGUGUUGACUAUUACUGAUUCAGGUCAGAUGGAAGAAACCGAGCAUCUAUAGGUACAAAGUGUCUAUUCUGUACAAAAAUAGAAGACUGGAAGAAUUGCAAUUUCAUUCCUUUUUUAUUGUUGAUGUGUAAAUUGUGUAUAUUUUUGUACAGUUUAAGUUAAUUUAAAAAAAGCCAAAUUUGUUCUGUGCUUCAAAAUGUAUCAAUAGUGUUUUGUUUUUUUCUUGUCAGCAGUAUUUUGUACUAUUUUAUUGAGAAGUGUGACAAAAAUGUUACAUGUUUCACUUUGUAGCUGGAAAUAAAAUCUUAUAUUUUUAUACAAAA